GCAAAUCUUAUCUCAUCUCAUUAUCACCAAUUUACCGUCAUCCCCUCCCCCCUCCGGACAAAUCUCCAGUUCAGAUACCGAGAAACAACAAUUCCUUCUUAAGUAAGGGGUCAUAAAAUCUUCGACUAUGUUCAAAGGAAGACAUGUGGAGCAACUAGUCAAAAGAAAAUAAGAAUCGUAUCAGCAGUGCAGCACCAAAAAAGAAAAAAGGAAAAUAAAGAUCGUCAUCUUCUAUUUUUCAUCCGGCAUGUUUGUAAAUUAGGGUUCUAAUAUUUAGCCUAUGGUAAAGUAGGCGAAGAUUCGAUAUCCUAAUUGUGAUGCCAUUUAUAUAGGCAUUUUCUUAUCGGAGGAUAGAUUCAUGGGACAAUUUGCAGGUCUAAUAUUGUUUACGCACUGAAGCCACCGCCAUUGAGCCCCCGAUAAAGGGCCAUAUAGGCCUGAUCAAAGUCUCCAUUGACGUUCCGCUAAAAAUGCCUGUUCCUAAUUUCUUUAGACAUUGAAUUCCGAAGAAAAGUUCUCAUGUCAAACACGAAGCUGGAGCAAUGGCAAUGGGAAAACGCCACGGCCGGCGCCGUUGCAGGGUUUGCCACCGUCGCUGUCAUGCAUCCCCUGGACGUUGUCCGAACUAGGUUCCAAGUUAAUGACGGUCGAGUUCCCCUUGUUCCGAGUUAUAAGAAUACUGCUCACGCCAUUUUCACCAUUGCUCGCUCAGAGGGCUUAAGAGGUCUGUAUGCAGGCUUGCUUCCUGCAGUCCUUGGGUCAACUAUUUCGUGGAGUCUAUACUUCUAUUUCUAUGACAAAGCCAAACAAAGGUAUGCAAGGAACAGGGAGGAGAAGUUGAGCCCUGGUUAUCAUCUCGCUUCAGCUGCUGAAGCAGGGACUUUGGUUUGCUUAUGCACAAAUCCUGUUUGGCUAGUAAAAACAAGAAUGCAGCUUCAGACUCCUCUGCAUCAAACACAACCGUAUAAUGGGAUUUAUGAUGCGUUUAAAACCAUUUUGAAAGAAGAAGGAUUGAGGGCACUGUACAGAGGACUUGUUCCUAGUCUUUUUCUGCAGGUCUCUCAUGGUGCUAUGCAGUUCAUGGUAUAUGAAGAGUUUCGGAAAAUGGUUAUAGACUUGAAAAGCUCGGAAAGUGAAAUGCGUCAUCAAAACCCUGAUAUGCUGUUGAAUUCUAUGGAUUACGCUGUUCUUGGAGCAACCUCAAAAGUUGCUGCCACUCUUAUAAGCUAUCCAUUUCAGGUUCUACGGUCUCGAUUGCAGCAACGGCCUAGUGUUGGUGGGAUUCCAAGAUAUAUGGAUAGCUGGCAUGUCGUGAAGGAAACUGCACGGUUUGAAGGUGUUCGAGGUUUUUACAAAGGGAUCACCCCAAAUCUAUUGAAAAAUGUUCCUGCUUCAUCAGUAACAUUUAUUGUCUAUGAAAAUGUGCUUAAAUUGCUUAAACUAACUAGAAGGAAUGACUAGUAUUUCUUUUCUUCUUAAAAAAAAAAAAAGUUUUUGGGAUCACACAUCCUGCCCCUUUUGACAUUUGUGACCGCAGGUUUGAUCACAUUUUUCCCCUUACUUUUUAAUGAUGGGGUUCUACACACAAUUUGUAAUCUCUGGGAACGGUUUACCAAGGUUGAUAAUUUAGUUCA